AUGCAGCCACAACCCAUCGAGCGCCCGGCCACACCGAUGAUGGAGCUGUGCUACUCAAGCGACGACGAUGAGCUGAACAGCACCAUCAUCGCGAUGCCAGAACCCGCGUCGGAGUGUGACGCAGCGGAGGCGGCCAUGGACUUGGAGCCACCAGCAGCAGCACAGCCAACACCAACGGCAUCCCCUGUCCCGGGCAACAUGGUAGUUGCUGGGCCCAUAGACGCGGGAAGUUGCGCCCUGCUGAUGGCACAGCUUCAAAACAUCGGCGCCCAGCUAACGACGGCGCUGGAGGAGCUGCGACUUUGCCGCGAGGAAAACGCGGCACUUCGUCGCGAGAAUGAGUUGCUGCUCACGGGCACUCGUUCGGUGCUCGAGCUGCAGACUGCAGCGAACGCAACCCUGCAGCAGUCGUCGGGACAAGGUGGAAUCCGGGAGACGGCCCGGAAGCGCCAGCAACGGCUGAGGCGGCGAGAGCGGGAACGGCAGCAGCAACAGCAGCAGCAGCAGCAGCAGCAGCAGCAGCAGCAGCAGCAGCAGCAGCAGCAACGCCAGCAGCAGCAGCAGUGUCAGCAGCAGCGUCAGCAGCAGCCGCAGCAACAACAGCUGCAGCAGCCGCAGCAGCAGCUUUGAACAACGGUGGUAAGAGGCCGCCCGUCCCAGCGGCAUCGUCAACCGCAGCAGCAGCAGCAGCAGCAACAGCAGCAAGGUGAACGCUAUGUUCCACCACAGCUCCGGCAGCAGUGACAGCAGCAGCAGCGCCCGAGGCAGCAGCAGCAGCAGCAGCAACAGCAGCAGCAGCAGCAAGGUGAGCGCUAUGUCCCACCACAGCUCCGGCAGCAUCGACAGCAGCAGCAGCAUCAGCAGCAGCAGCAGCAGCAGCAGCAGCGUCAGCAGCAGCAGCGUCAGCAGCAGCGUCAGCAGCAGCAGCGUCAGCAGCAGCAGCAGCAGCAGCAGCAGCGUCAGCAGCAGCAGCGUCAGCAGCAGCAGCAGCAGCAGCAGCAGCACCAACAGCAGCAGCAGCAAUGGCAGCAGCAGCAGCAGCAACAGCAGCAGCCGCGGCAAAGUUUGCCUCAUCGCAAACAGACGCAGCUGCAGCUUUCUCCACGACUGCAGCAGCAACAGCAGCAACAGCAGCAGCCGCAGCAACAACAGCAGCAGCAGCCGCAGCAGCUGCUCUGGACAACGGUGGUAAGAAGCUGCCCGUCCCAGCGGCAACGCCAACUGCAGCAGCAACAGCAGCAACAGCAGCAGCAGCAGCAGCAGCAAGGUGAGCGCUAUGUCCCACCACAGCUCCGGCAGCAACGACAGCAGCAGCAGCCGCAGCAGCAGCAGCAACAGCGUCCGCAGCAACAGCGACCGCAGCAACAGCGACCUCAGCAGCAGCGAUCACAGCAGCGAAAGCCGGCCAAGCCCGAGCUUAUCGAGGUAUCACCCAAUGAAGGUCAGGAUUGGGAGAGCCUUCUGCUGCUUGUGCAAACGGCAGUUAGGACUGACGAGCGCUACAAGCCGCUUAAGGACCACGUCGUCCUGGGCCGCCGCACCAGUAAGGCGUUGCUGCGACUCACGCUCAGCCGCAAGGCGAAUGCUGCAGCAGGUCCCUGCCAUCGUGGGCAGUGCUGGAGUGUGUCGGCACGUCACGGAAAUGGCGUCACUGGUCAUUCAUGA